AUGACCUCCGCCAUCCUCUGCACUCUUCACCUCGGUCUCUGCUCCGUCGCUGGAGCUGCUGCCAUUCCAGACCCGGCCGAGCUCGCCAGCUACGAGGCUAUGCCUUCCAUGGACAAGAAAAGAGCGCGGGACCGUCGGUCCCAGCAAAGUCUCCGCGAUCGAAAGCAAAAACGCAUCACCGAACUGGAAGGGCUGGUGGCGCGGUGUAAAGAGCGGCACCAGGGCCGGGAUCAGGAUCAGGAUCAGGCAUACAACUCGCAUGAUGCGUAUGCGCGUGAGAUUAGUGCGCUGCGACAGCAGAACAAAGCCCUUGUCCAGCGGCAGGAGCUGCUCAAGUCAUUAGUGCUGUCUUGGGACGAGCCGGAUCCGAUUACGGUCGUGGCAACGGCAGCAGAGGACAGAUGGACAGGGACGGCGACGUUACCGCCUCUUGGAGAUGAGGAUCAUGUGGCAUGCUUGCGGGCAGCAUCAACAGCGGCACGGACGGGCGCCGGCGGGAGUGCGGGAUGCAAUAAUCUGCCGCCUCCGCAUACCGAGACUAGCUCUCACCCUCGGAGUGAGACAGAGACGCUUCCUAUUGCAUCCGCCUUGGCAACAUCGUCGUCGUCGUCGUCGUCGCCGCCGCCGCCGCCAUGGAGUCGCAUCCCGCCGCACGACGACGACUUCUCCAACCUCGAGACGCUGGCCGGCUGUCCCUGGUUCGGGCACGCCUCCCUCAUCCAGAGCUGCCCCGACACGCCGCACUCGCCCCUCGACAUCCUCUACGGCAGCACGCUGAACCCGCUCGCCGACAUGAUUCACCGCAACAGCAACCGACGGCCGUUUCGCGAGCUGGAGCGGCUGGCCACCGGCUGGCUCGCCUACCUCUUCACGCGCUGGGUGUGCAACCCGUGCCCGGAGACGUAUCGACGCAUGCCCUCCUUCUUGCGACCGGUCAAGGAGCAGCUGGAGAUUGUGCACCCGAUGGUGCUCAACAUGGUGCCCUGGUCGCGCGUGAGGGUCGCGCUGAUACGCGCGUGGCCGCAGUACCGGGACAAUUAUCGCGACUUUUUCGGCCUUUUUGCCUGCUGCAUACGCAUUCGCUGGCCGUGGGGAGAGCAUGUGCUGGAGCGAGCGGCGGACAACACCCUGGUGAUGCGGCAGGACUUUUACGAGACGCUGAUGAGCGAGCGCGGGUGGAUGGUGACGAGAGACUUUGUCGAUCAGUAUCCUGCUCUUUUUGCAGGUGUUCAUGUAGAAUCUAUACUCUAUAACUUUAUCUAG